AUGCAAUUAACACGCUCCCUUGCACUAAGGGAGACCACCGUCGCCCUUCUCUCCCUGUCAAACGCAACUCUAAACGUAACUGCCGGUGCCCUGACAGCCGCCAGGGUCCAUGCAAAACCACGAGAGAGUUAUGCAGCGCCUUCGUGCUCGGAAUUCCCGGAGUGCAUCGUGCUCUGGCUACUUAUCGUUGCGGGUUCCCCGCGGUCCUAUCCCCAUGCGUUAGAACUUGGCUAUCUGGACAUGCUAUGCAUACAAAAGUUGUGGCGGGUCGAAAGCGGACAGGAUGAUGCGUUUCCGGGACGGAAUAGUCUUGGCCUAUUACUGCGGAGCGGCCUGGUCAAGGCUUUGUGAAGACGAUCGUGGUGAUCAGACGUCAGACACUCUCCCAUCUUUUCCUCAUUACGCCUAUUCAGCACCCUGACAGCCGCGUGGGGACGUUCUGGUGGCGG